ACGCGGCAGCGCAACUGUGUAAAGAAGCUGCGCCUCACUUCACUGUAGUAUGGCAUCGAGGAGAAUGGAGACCAAACCAGUGAUAACCUGCCUCAAAACCCUCCUCAUCGUCUAUUCCUUCGUGUUCUGGAUCACCGGGGCCAUUCUCCUCGCCGUGGGAGUAUGGGGGAAGUUCAUGCUUGGACCCUACAUCUCGCUCAUCGCAGACACCUCCACCAACGCCCCCUACGUGCUCAUCGGCACCGGCGCCACCAUCAUCGUCUUUGGCCUCUUCGGCUGCUUCGCCACCUGCCGCGGAAGCCCAUGGAUGCUCAAGCUGUACGCCAUGUUCCUGUCCCUGGUCUUCCUUGCGGAGCUGGUGGCAGGCAUCUCCGGCUUUGUCUUUCGCCACGAGAUAAAGGGCACCUUCCUGAGGACGUACAGUGACGCGGUGCAGAACUACGACGCCAAGGACGACAGGAGCGUAGCUGUGGACAACGUUCAGCGCAGCCUGCGUUGCUGUGGGGUGAUGAACUACACCAGCUGGUUCACCAGUGUCUACUAUCCCGUCAACGGCAUCCCCCCCAGCUGCUGCUCCAACCUGAGCGACUGCAGCCUUCAGGACCUCCGCAACAGCACCGUCGCCCCCAGCAAGGUGUACCAGCAGGGCUGCUACGAGCUGGUGACCUCCUUCAUCGAGACCAACAUGGGCAUCAUCGCCGGGGUCACAUUUGGAAUCGCCUGCUCACAGGCAGAUGAAGAGAGGCCACCCGUCACCUCAGAUGACCGGGGGGGAGGGAGGACGCUCCCAGAACACUGGCGCACUGUAUCCUCUCUCCUCCCUGCUCUCGCUUCUUCCUCUCCCGCUUCCUUUCCCCGAUUCGUCUCGUCCCGUCUCUCCCGCCUACAGCAGCGCGUCGCUCCUCGACGCGCAGCCGCGCCAUGGAAACGGGGCUUCCUUUCACGGCCGCAUCUGCUCGGAGAAACCAGCGCGGCGAUUGCGUCCGGGUGGGCCGACGCGCGUCCCUUUGUUGGACGCGCAUGCGGGACAGUGAGAGAAACAGCCCUCGUGUUCGUUUGCAAAGCACUAACCCCCGUGCGUUACAAAUAAUUUCAGAAAAGUCUUAAAAGUUAAAUCAGGGGACUUCGACGCUUAACAGUCCGCCGUCCAAUAACUUUUUAGAACCUUAAAUUAGGACGAAAAGCAGUUUACGAAUAGAUAUGUUUGACAAUGAAAUAACUGAGUCUGUUUUGAAGAUUUUGGUGUUUUGAAGGGACUCUUCGUCCCGCGUGUAAAAUGCAGCCUUCGUUUUCCGGUGGGGACGCACUGCAUCCGUUUUGUGACGCUUACGCCGAGUUCAUACGUGUCGGCUUCCCCUGCGAACACCGAUAUUGGCCCAAAUGGUGCCGCGUCGGCUGCUUUCCGCGCUUCUCUUUACGUUUCUCUUAUAGAUGCGCUGAUGUGUUUGUGCUUAGUUGGGCCCAGAUCUGCCCCCAUCUGCCCCGCUCUGCCCCAGCGCCCCCCGGGGGUUUCUCAUAAGGGUGUCUUUGGUUUCCAAGGCUGCUUUUGUUGCCUCUUUCGACUCCGCGCCGCUCCAGCUCACAUCCACGCACGCGCACGCACCUGGACAUCCCCGGUCCUUUGCCCCGAUCGCAGUUCAGAAAGAGAGACAGAGCGGAAGCGCUUUUCGCCGCACGGAACCCGAAAAACGUCACCGCCUCUUACGUUUCAGUGGCGCGUGGUCGCGGUCCCCAUUUUCAAGGAGACCUCUACAGAUUUGACACGUGCGUUUCUACCGUCGCGCGAUGCGGUAAAUGUCACUUCCUCCCCGCUGUACACUAUCUGUAAAUAUUUUACGCCGUGUCCAACACACACUGAAAAUGCCAGUCCCUCCACUGUGUACACUAGCUAUACGCUGCCUGUACUGUACCGUUGCGCAGGCUGCUCGGCACCACAUCCCGCUGGUGUCCCCUGGCCAGAGCCUUCCGAACGUCAAUGUGUUUUCAGUAUCGUUACCAACUAAAUGCAAGAAGGUUGCGCUGCCGUCCAGAAGGUUGCGCUACUCAGGACGGAUGCUAGAGAAAUGUUCUCGCCUUUACCUGGCCCUCACACAUGCCUUAGGUAACAAGAAGACCAUGAUGCAAAUGAGAGCGAGUGGCUGUCUUGUCAAUUUUCCCACAAUUCCCUACAUCCCCCAGGCUGCCGGAACACACGGGAGGCGUUAGCACUGCAACGAAAAUCCUUUUUGAUACGCAAAUAAAGAUAAGACGUUAGCGCCCAUUUUUAUUAUCUGCGACGUGAUCGGCGCUAGUACCUUUCAUCCUGAAC